CAAACUGCUACACGAGAAUGAUUGCCAACGGAUCUGUAUUUAUGCAUACGUUGAUUUAUGUGAUGAAUCAAAGUGCGGUGCAACAGCAGGAGAGCGCAUAUAGUUAUUACUACACGGACAUAGAUAAAGGUAAGGGUAAAGGCCACUUCCGAGUCUUAAGUGUUUUAUACUGCAGCAAUGAACGCGAGCAAAUGUUUCGGAAGUUACGGCUGCUUCGAGCUGUCUCCGCCGUGGAUUUCGGAGCACCGUCCCAUCGCACUGUACCCCGAAGAUUUAAGCAAGGUAUACAAGAAGAGCCCGAAGAAGGUCGACUCAACCUCAAUUUUCAGAUAGAACCGAAUUAUCUCUACUACUCGCGCGUUAAUCCAACAGAGGCGGUGCACAUCGAUUUGGACGAUUUUGAUUUUGUGCUAAGUAACAAUAUCGACGCUCUCCUGCCGACGUACACAAUAGCCCACGGGUUUCUAGAGGGCGGCGGACAGACUUGGAUUAAAAGACUGGUGAAGGAACUGCUGAUAAGGGAGAACUGUAAUAUAAUUGUAAUCGACUGGCACGGCGGAUCCGACCCGCCUUACUCACAGGCGGUGGCUAACAUUCGAGUUGUCGGAACGAUUACGGCCCAUUUACUAGCCGACCUGGCACGACACACCGGCGAGCAACGGUUGAAACAUGUCCACUGCAUCGGUCACUCACUCGGCGCACAUCUCUCCGGCUACAUCGGAUAUGCGCUGGAGAAGGAUUUCAAUUUGAGAUUGGGUCGAAUAACUGGUUUGGAUCCGGCCGAACCUCACUUCGCACGCGCGCAGGCGCCGGUGCGAUUGGAUCACACCGCCGCCGAUUACGUCGACGUAAUACAUACGGACGCGUCCGCUUUUAUACGAGGCGGAUUCGGUAUAGUCGAAAAGAUCGGUCACGUCGAUUACUAUCCGAAUGGGGGAAGUAGUCAACCGGGUUGCGAUCGUGCGGUGGCCCAGCAUAUAAGUGGAAGUGGGAGUUUUUUUAGAGGGAUUCGAAAGUUUUUGGGCUGCAAUCACAUCAGAAGUUACAAUUACUUUAUAGAAAGUAUCAACUCGAAAUGUCCCUUCACGAGUAUCGCCUGCAAUUCUUACGAGGAUUUAAAAAGCGGCACCUGUUUCGAGUGCGGCAAAAACGGGCAGCAUUGCCUCAAGUUCGGCUACCACGGGCGAGAGCUGUACGACCAUUUAAUUAAAACCAAAGAGAUUAGCCCUCACAAAAAUUUGGUUCAGUACCUGAUAACGGGCAGCGAUGAGCCUUUCUGCCGUAAGUACCACCGUAGCUGCUACAGUCGCUUACGGAAAAUUUUAGGGGCCCACUAUCGAAUUACUGUCGACAUUUCCAAUUCGACGGAGAGUAAGCGACACGGAGGGGAAGUCGGACAAUUCGUAUUCAAAAUUCACAGUACACGCGACGGAAAGGGUCCACAUUCCGGAGAGGUCAUUCUAAAUGAGGGCGGUUAUCACGGACCUGACCUACAGUAUCGGGCCGUUGUGUCCGGCCAUUUGGUUUCACAUUUGAAAACGGUGGAUAUCGAGUGGCGGUACCGUAGCAGCGUUAUAAACCCGCUGACGUGGCGCUUGAUGAGAAGUCCCCGAAUUUACGUGGCCAAAGUUCAGAUUGAGGCAAUGGAGACUAGGCAAAGCAUUACAGUUUGUCCGAAGAAUGAGGAAAUUUUAUCAGAGGCAUUGCCACAAAAAAUGAUGUCAUCGUACUGCCCCUAAUCGAAAUUCUGUAUGUGGUUGUUGCACUUAUUAAGUUAGCCACAAGCGCGGAUUUACAGAGGGCAGGGGGACGGGGAUAGAAUGGGGGUAAUUACCCUACCCAUGAAUUGUGCAGUGUAACAUAUAACAUUUAAGUAUGCAAAACAAUUGAAAUGGUAUAAGACUCCCAAAAUUCGGGUUUCUUUAAUCUACCCCUAGCUAAAUCCGCCCUUGGUUCAAAAAAUUGUGAUAUUAACUGUAGAAAAUUGAAAUAAAUACGAUUUUAAGACUA